UUUCCGGCGGCGCGGAACUGGGUAGCCAACGGCCUGCGGAGCAACAUGCCUAAGUUUUAUUGUGACUAUUGUGAUACGUAUCUAACCCAUGAUUCUCCAUCUGUGAGGAAGACUCACUGCAGUGGCAGGAAACACAAAGAGAAUGUGAAAGACUACUACCAGAAAUGGAUGGAGGAGCAGGCCCAGAGCCUGAUUGACAAAACAACGGCUGCAUUUCAGCAAGGAAAGAUACCUCCAGCUCCAUUCUCUGCUCCUCCUCCUGCAGGGGCCAUGAUCCCACCUCCCCCCAGUCUCCCGGGUCCUCCUCGUCCUGGCAUGAUGCCUGCACCGCACAUGGGAGGCCCUCCCAUGAUGCCCAUGAUGGGCCCCCCUCCUCCUGGGAUGAUGCCCGUGGGACCUGCUCCUGGGAUGAGGCCACCCAUGGGAGGCCACAUGCCCAUGAUGCCUGGGCCGCCAAUGAUGAGACCUCCGGCUCGCCCUAUGAUGGUGCCCACUCGCCCUGGAAUGACUCGGCCAGACAGAUAAGAGCAGAGCGGCUCUUCAUCAGUUUUGUAUUUCUUCCUCUGUUUCGCCAGGAGAUCACGGUGCUGAGCCUGUGUUUUCUAGCUGCAUGACGAGAGAACUCCCCCUUCCUAACGGAAUAGUUUUGGAGGGAGAAGUGGUAUAAAAUGCAGUUUUCACUUAUAUUGUGGGAUAUGAAAAUAAAAUGUCAGCUCUUUUAGUUAAAA